GCUGUGUGAGGUUUGGCUUAGAGAUCUUCACCCUGGAAGUCGUUUUAAUUGGAAAGAACAUUCAAGUCCUCUGCCUACCCAGAACCCUGUGAAACAAUGAAAUAUCACUCUCAUCCAGAGGAUCUGGAUGAAGACGGGUAUACUCAAUUAGACUUCAGCACUCGUGACGUCCACAGAAGACCUGUGCAAUCAGAGAAAGAAAGCCGGGCGUCAACUACCCCUUGGCGGCGCAUUGUGGUGGUUUUGGGAAUCCUGUGCGUGGUGGUACUAGUGGUUGCUGCAGUCCUGGGUGUCCUGGCAUUUUGGAGAUUCAAUUCAGGGAGAAAUCCAGAGGAGAAAGCCAACUUCCCGUCAAGAAAUAAAGAGAACCACAAGCCCACAAAAUCAUCUUUAGAUGAGAAGGUGGCUCCCUCCAAGGCACCCCAAACUACAGGACUUUUUCCUGGACUCUGCCCCCCUAGUUGGAUCAUGCACGAGAAGAGCUGUUAUCUGUUUAGCAUGUCACAAAAUUCCCGGUAUGGAAGUAAGAGAUACUGCUCCAGGCUGAGUGCUCAUCUACUGAAAAUAGACAACGCAAAGGAAUUUGAGUUCAUCGAAAGCCACACGUCUUCUCGCCGUGUGAAUGCAUUCUGGAUAGGCCUUUCCCGCAACCAGAAUGAAGGGCCGUGGUUCUGGGAGGAUGGAUCACUAUUCACUCCCAACCUAUUUGAAGUCAGAAAUACAGCCUCCCAGGAAAGCAUAGCGCACAACUGUGUGUGGAUUCACGGGUCAGAGGUCUACAACCAAAUCUGUAAUAUUUCCGCAUUCAGUAUCUGUGAGAGGCCGCUGUAAAUGGAGUGUAUGUGAGAGUGUAAGGAUGGCAUAUACAACAACAGCAACAGAACAGGGAAAGAGAAAUACUGCAAAUCAGAGAAAAUGCUAAAAUGCUAAGUGUGGGGCACGGGUGCUGUGCCCCCGGGGAAGCUGGCAUGGAGCUAGAGCAAGAUCCAGAGGUGUCUGGACAGCAAAAUUCUCAGUCUUGAGACCAGUAGAAGUAAAAACCACUCCCUCCUUGUUCUGUGCCUGCAUGCCCCGGCGCACAUAGCCCUUCGACCCCCGCCCUUGCAGUUCUUGAGCUAGUCAUGUACCCUAGCACCUGAAUUCCUCUCCUUGCACACAAAGCAUAUAGAGUGUAUCAGCCACAGCCAAUCAUAUACACCCACCCUGAAAACCUCUUCCUACACCCCAAAGUUCAUAUAGCCCUUUUCCCCCCUUGAAUAAAGUGUACAGAAGCUAUUUCACUGAAUACUGUCUAAGAGAGCUAUAAUAUUAAAGUCCUUGGAGAAGACAUUCUCCCCCAGCACUCACAGCUGGACCUGGAUCUUUUUCAAUUGAGAUGGAAAAAAAAAAGGCAGACCCACCCAUUCCAUCUUCAUCCUUCCCAUCCCGGUGUGCAGCGGUGCCUGGACACCUCAAGGGAAGAAGCAGACCACAGGACCACAGCUAGGAGAACUUGAAUGAAGCUGAGGCUCCUGUCCUUGUCAGCUCAUAAGCAAGGCGGCACCAUCUUCCAGUUUGUAAGCCACUAAGUGCAGAGCGAAGGCAGCUUAGAAAUACAGAGAAUGAGUGAAUGUGAGGUACCCAGACCCACAUGUUACAAUGACGACAAAACCCCUACACCCUUCAGGGAACAUUGUAGAGGAGGGGAAGAUUGUAAGAGCCAGAGGACCAGGAUGCCUACUGCUUGUGUCUUCUGGACAGGACAGGGAAGGUGUGUCCAGGAAAUAUCAGUCAUAUAGUCCAUUAAGCAAGUCCUGCACAAUGAGAGCUUCAGUUAGUAUGCCAACAUGGAUGUAACAGUUUUACAAGAUCCUAGCCCCUACCUGAAGAACUGUAGACAGUUAAUGACGUGAAAAUUGGAGGAAGACCUUUCUCCAGGAACAAUCCUCCUGAUGUGUUCCUGAACCCAGAGCAGUCCACACUAAACACAUGUAGAGACCAGUAAAUGGACUAGUAGGACACACACACAUGUUAUUCAAAAAAUGUUAUUUGCUCAGUGUCUAGCAGCACAUCAGAUAUACGCAGAAGGUAAAAUGCUCUUCUAAAUUAAUAAGUGAAUAAAUGAAGGAAGAAAAUCUUCACUGCAAAUAAAGCUUUUAUUUUCAUCCACACGAUCACUAUUAAAAUGGUCAUCAUCCAAAAGCAGUGACCCCAACUUCUUCCUCACUCUUUCCUCAACUAGAUAACCUAGAGAUGUCCUCCUUGUCUCUGAUAGCAGAACCUGAUCUACCGGAGGUGAUACUCUUACAGGAAGCAUUCUCCUUAAAUAGAAUAACUUGAAAAAUAAAUCAGAUCAGAUAACGGCCAUUUAAAAAGCACCCAGGCAGGAUUAGUGUUUUGGGCACAGACCAUAUUCUUUUUUUUUUUUUUUUUUUAUGAUGUACUAUUGUGCAGUUAACAAUCAAAUCUUUACCAAAGUAUGAUUGGAAUGUGUUUUCCCCGUGUUCUUGUUAGCUUCUAAGAUUCUCUAUUAAUUCCUCCUGUGUUUCCAGUGGGGAUUUCCAAAUUCCUGGGGAGCCGUUUGUAGCUUCCUUUUACUGAUUAAUAUGUGGGCAGAAAUUGUGCUAAGUCCACUGAAUUGUUCACUUGAAAAUGAUUGAUUUUAUGUCACUUUCACCUCAAUUGAAAAACAGCUUAUUAAAGUAUCUUCUGCUUCUGAAUAAACAGCCGAUGUGUAGCAA